AUGUCCGAAAUCCUGUUUCACCCCUCAAUUCCCCACGCCAUCGCGAUCUUACCAUUCACCUUCCUGACAUCCUUUGAAUCCUCCCUCUCAUGUCCAUUUAAAACCGGUAAAACCGCUGAUCUGCGCCAUCACAAUACUCUGGGGAACCAUCAGUCCUACGGCGCCGACGAACGCAACAUUCCCGUCACUAAUAGCCGUGAACACACCCACCCCCGAAUCUCCACGGGCGCAAAAAGACUGGUCGAUUCAUGGUGUGAUGGUGGCACGAGUGGCGGAGGUGGCGGAGGUGGCGCCGGCCCGCCUCCACCUUCGCUCGAUAGGGCAACCGUUGCCGUACGGAGCCCCGACCAAAACGACUGGAAUAUCAGCACCUUGUAGGGCCGGCUUCCGUGCGGUUACCAUCACUCGUUAUGUAGGCAUGGUGUCGGUCUUCCAAGUCGAUAUUUCUGUCAAUUUUCGGAUUAUCUUUGUAUGGUGCGCUUCGCUUUAAAGUUUAAACCCGGAC